CAUUCUUGCAGCAACAAACAUUCCACCUACCUUGUUACUUACAGUCUUAAGAUACUUCCUUGAGGAUCUUUGCGAUUCGAUACAGCGAAGUUGUUACGAAGUCUAUCGUGUGCCCCAAGCUGACUGGAAUAUUUCUCGAAACUCUUUCAUCUAAUGACGUAAUUGGAGAAGGGAUUGGAAAGGUGCUUGGAGACGUUGCAAUCGCGCAAUUAUUCCCCUCCCGAGAUGUGCAGAUGCGGGGAAGAAUACCCAGUGCAGGCGAUGCCGCAGUGUAGGUGGUAGGUAGUAGGUAGUGUAUAACACCUUCCUCAGACCCUUGAUCUUAUUCAGUUCUUCGGAGUCCCUCCUCUUGAAUACACAAACAAACAACUUGAAACAAACAAACAGUAAAGGCUACUUUCGUUGUUUGCUUGAAAGCCUCCCCGCCCUUACCUUUACCUGAUCAUCGGAUCUUGCACCCUGUGAUCAUUGUACUCCCAACUUACUGCCACAGGCCAUUUACCCACCUCAACUUGCUUUCCGAACCAUGCCGGCGACGCAUCAAGCCCCUCCCUGGGCAACCGAGAUCAAAGCACUCACCUUUGAUGUCUUCGGCACCUGCGUAGCCUGGCGGGAAAAGGUUGCAUCCGCCCUUGCUUCGGCCACCGAGUCCAAGCUUUCUUCCGCUUCAGCCUCCAACUCCACGUCAUCGGACGGCAUGCCACCGUCUGACCAAGUCCUCUCCCGCGCCCGCUCCCUCACCCGAGAGGACUGGGCCCGUUUCGCCCAGGAAUGGCGCCGGGCCUACGGGGAUUGGACCCGCUCCUUCGUCCCCGACGACACACCCUGGAUGGACACGGACACCUUCCACCUCGAUAGUCUCGUCGACCUGCUGGCUAACUGGCAGCUGGACGGCCUCUUCACCAUGCCCGAGAUCGAGAAGCUCAGCCUUACCUGGCACGACCUCCCGCCCUGGCCCGAUACUAUCCAGGGUCUGAACCUGCUCGGCUCACGGUACCACACGGUCGCCUUGACCAAUGCCAACCAGGCCACCCUCAAGGAUCUGAACAGCCAGAAGGGCGUCGACGACAGCUUGCCGCUAGGGUUCCAGCGCCUGCUCUCGUGCGAUAUGUACCGGGCGUACAAACCGAACCCAAAGGUGUACCAGGGCGGGCUGCGGGACUUGGAUCUGCAGCCCGGAGAGGUAGCGAUGGUAGCGGCGCACUUGGGUGACUUGGGGGCUGCCAAGAAGGAGGGGAUGCGGGCCAUCUAUGUUGCACGACCCGGCGAGCUGGAUUUUGACGCCGAUGAGGAGAAGCUCAAGAAAGCCAGAGAGUGGGUGGAUAUCUGGAUAGAUGAAGGUGAAGGGGGCAUGGUGGAGGCGGCAAGAAGAUUGGGCAUCAACGUCGACAUCGACGAUGGCGAUGGCGAUGUGGCCAGAGUCCUAGGCUGAGUGGCCUGUUGUCCCGGUCCAGACCAUCGGCAAUCUGCGCUGACCGCGGUCAGCCUUCGAGAAGGAAAUGGCGCUUCCGCUUUCCUUCCGUCGGGAUUCGGGACCCGGAUCGGGAUGCUACCUUGUCGGCGAAGAUUGGAGAAAUUCAGGGGCGGCUGGUCGGGUCAGAGUUUUCAUGGCAUCUCGCAUAGACUGUUCAGGAUGCAUGUGAUGUACCUUUCCCCUUGCCAUUUAAUCACACCCAAGGGACCGGAACCUGGUACGAGGGAGUGAGGCGGACAGGACUCGGAGCCAGGACAGAAAUGGGAAGAAGACAUGGAAGUUUCGGUUGAUGCGCUGGUUUAGGAACCGGCUAUGCUGAAGAUGGUUGUUUCGCGUGGACCGUGUCCUUUGUCCCUUCGAGAAAAAAUUUGAAAUUGCGAUGGAUGCCACGAGCCUCUUAGCGAACCCGCCGAUACGGAACCUAAUUCGGCGUACUCGGUGCGGAAGUGAAGAGCAUGGAGCAGGAGUAAUAUUGAUUUUCCCGGACCGGUCCCCCGGAGCCUCCCCCCCUGCCAGCCCCCCUGGACGGAGCCUAAUAUGUACACUAGUAAUGCCAGACCGCCAGGUCCCAAACCAGGGGAUCGGAUAGAGGAUCAUAACCUCAAAGGUGGUAGGCGACCCUGACAAUGUCCAAUCGCGGAACUACGCUUAUGAAGCCGGCCAUGUUGAGAGCGGAACUUCCGUGGGUUGCUGAGUGUCGGCAUCCCUGACCAUAACUUGACCGCAAAUGGGUUACCAAUUUUCCCGUCCUUUCGUCGUCGACGCGUCCCAACAGGUUGAGUUCGUUCCAAGGUCCGGAAUUGCUAUUGGACCCUAUAUCGAAUCGAAGUUUCAGGAAAUGAGUGGGCUCGACAGGAGAUACUGUGGGACAAAGUGAGUCUUUUUGUGAGUUUUGCCUGUGAGCGAUUUGGUCACUUGAUCAAAAAACUGUGGCGGUUGUCACAACGACAAAGGGAUUUAUUCGACAUAAUGGGCUGCCCUGAUAAGGUCAGUCAUCAAUCGGUUAACGAGGC